AACUUGCAAGAUCUAGACCAGGGGUCACCAACCUUUUUAAAACGGAGAGCUACUUCACAGCAGAGCAGUUUAUUCUAAACAGUGGAACCACAAAGAUGUUCAGACUCUUUGGUCUUCUCAUUUUCAUUAACACUGCACUGACUACAGAUGUUGUUCAGCCCAGUCACCUGACGAGGGUUCAGCUUGGAGACAGUGUGACCCUGACAUGCUUCUGUCAAGGAGAAAUAACGUUUGUUACUUGGUUUAAGCAAGCUGCUGGUCGGAAGCCCCAGCCCAUGGCGAAAGCAUUUCGCUACGUACCUGGUGAAUUUUACAAGGAAUAUAAAAGCAUAAAACGUUACUCCUUACUGAAUGCAGAGGGGAGUUUUAACCUCACUAUUUCUAACGUGGAGCCGUCAGAUUCUGCAGUGUAUUAUUGUGCUGCUGUGUUUCUUCAUGAGGUCACCUUUGGGAAUGGAACCUUUGUCAUAACCACAGGUAAAGACUCCAACAGCAGGACUGUGGUACAGCAGCCUGUGUCUGACACAUUGCAGCCAGGAGACUCUGUGAGCCUGCAGUGUACGAUAGAGACUGGGAGCUGUGCAGGAGAACACAGUGUUUACUGGUUCAGACAUGGAUCAGGAGAAUCCCUUCCUGGAGUCAUUUACAGCCACGGAAACAGCAGUGAUGAGUGUGAGAAGAGCCCUGAGGCUGAAUCUCCUACACGGAGCUGCGUCUACGGCCUCCCCAAGGGGAACCUCAGCCUCUCCGAUGCUGGGACUUACUACUGCGCCAUGGCCAUGUGUGGGGAGAUGCUGUUUGGGAACGGCACACAGCCGGAUAUAGAUGGCUUUCAGAAGCUGCUGGAUCCUCUUCACUCUGGCUUGCUGAUAGUUUUAUCUUGCAGCAUUAUUCUGAACGUUGCUCUCAUUUGUAUAAGAUGUAAACUGAUCUGUACACACUGUGCAGAUGAAAAGAACAGUGAUAUAUCAAAAGUGGAAUGGUCACGCAAGCAAUGCCAUGACGAGGACACACUGAAUUACGCUGCCCUGAACCUUAAGAAGCCAAAACCCAGGAGACAGAAGAAAGAUGGGAAUAAUGACACUCUGUAUUCUGACCUCCGGUACAGAGAUUAUGAAUAAAGAUGCUUCUCAUUCAUGUCAGUCACACAGAGUGUUCAGGGUGUAGCUUUAAUAAUGUUCAGAAGGAGGGCAGGGGAGCCAGUGCUUCUGAGACUGAAUCACAGGAUUUUACGGAGUUUGGUGUCAGUGUGUUUGGGGCGCAUUUUUACUGGAAGUGCAAAUGUUCAAGCCAGACUGGGGGCUGAGGGAGGGGGAGAGGGGAGCCACAGAGAUUAUUUCUUCAUGGCAUGGGGGGGAAUAAGCGGCUUUAAUGUUGUGGAAAGGCUGAGUUGCUGCAAUCAGUUCUUUGAUGUGACACAUGCUUACUUGUCUCCCUUGUGUACCAUGCUGAAUGGUUUGGGGCAAACGCACAGGGACUGAUCGAUUAUAUUAAACAGAUGAAAGAAACUGAAUGAAAAUUUCAAGUGUUCUUAAAUUACGUUUUUCAUUUAAUGUUUUGUACUGUAUGUAUUUUUGAGUAUAUACAUGUACCUGUAUAUGUACCUGUAUAUAUACCUGUGUCGUUAAUAACGAUGUGGAUAAUUAAGAAAGAGGAGUUUUGUUUCUUGCUCCCUGUCCUGUUACUUGGCUCACAAACAUACACACACAUAGACACACUCACAAACACACACACACACACAUACACACACAUAGACACACACACAAACACAGACACAGAAACACACACAUGCACACACACACGAACACAUACACACACACACAAACAUACACACACAGACACACAAACACACAUGCACACACAUACACACACACACAAACAUACACACACAGACACACACAUGCACACACACUCACACACACACUGCUACGGCUCUGUAAGAACACUACCAUGCUCUUUUGUGUGAGUGGGGUGGGGGGUGUUAAAUAAGAUGAA